ACCCCAACACCAACCACACAACCUCCAAUCGAAACCACCACACCCAUCGUGCCUGUGCAGGAGACAUGCUACAAUGAACAGCAAUGCUGCGCACCAUGGGCCUCUCGAGGAGAAUGUGGCAGAAAUCCGACCUAUAUGAAUCUUUGGUGUGAGGCAAGUUGCGGUGUCUGCACUCCAACUACGUACAAUCUGAACACAGAGUGCUCGGAUCGCAAUGUGAGGUGCACUGAAUGGGCUCGAAGAGGUGAAUGUCGAACUAAUCCAUCGUGGAUGGCGGAAAACUGUCGCCAGGCCUGCAACGCGUGUGUUCAGACCAGAUUGCAAGCUUGUGGAGGAGGAGAAAACAUUUCACUGGAGCAGGCACAUUUCUAUAUAACCUACUUCAGUAAAUCAUUGCUAUGGACCUAUAGGAAUAAACAUAACGAAAUCGUUCAAAAAAAUCAACAGUGA